UUGCCAGUGUGACAAUUUUUUUAAUUUUAUCAAUUAGCCUUUUUGAGGUAUAGUGGACACAUAGCAGUGGACCGUUUGGUUUGGGUGUGUGAUGAGACAGAUUUAUCCAAACCUAUUAGAGCCUUUUUGAGGUAUAGUGGACACAUAGCAGUGCACUGUUUGGUUUGGGUGUGUGAUGAGACAGAUUUAUCCAAACCUAUUAGAACCAUAUUGGGUCCACCAUAUCUCAAAAUUGCUUAUUGCUGUAAGAGCUUUGGUCUUUCUUUCAGUAAAUGAUUGAGUGCAUCGAUCUACUUCUUGGAAUGUAGCUGUGACCUAUGAUCAAAUUAUUGAAGCCAGAGACGUAAUGGGGAUUUGUGGGGCUGUGGGUGUGGCAGAAGGGUUACUCAGUCUGGAAUUUGACACAGAUCAAACAAAUGUACAAUUUUCUACCACGGGAUAUAUAGAGUCUUUUUGCUUUCUAUGACCGGUAUUUGCUUUUCUUCUUGCAGUGCUGGAUUUCCCCCACUGUUUAGCCAAUAUUGGGAGAGCAGUUGCCUGCCAUGUCGAGAUACUUUGGAUUGAGUCGAACCAAGAUGGAAAAGGAGAGAAAAGUAUACAAAGUCGUUCUGACUGGAGGUCCAUGUGGAGGGAAGACAACUGGACAGGCUCACGUUAGAACCUUCUUUGAGAAUUUGGGAUACAAAGUGUAUAUGGUUCCAGAAACGGCUACUCAUCUAUUAUCUGGAGGAGUGAAAUUUCCAGAGCUAAGUGAGGAGGAAGCUUACACAUUUCAGGUGAACCUGCUAAAGACGAUGUUACAAACUGAAGAUACGUUUUUCACGCUGGCUGAAACCUGCAAGAAGAAAUGUUUGAUCAUCUGUGACCGUGGGGCUAUGGACGCCACAGCAUAUCUUCCUGAAGGGAAAUGGGAUGCAAUGAGGCAACAGUAUGGGUUUGAUAAUGUGGAUCUACGAGACAAAAGAUACGACCAGGUCAUACACAUGCAAUCAGCGGCGAUUGGAGCUGAUGAAUUCUAUAAUGGUUCCCAAGGUAACGCCACACGAUCGGAAAGCUGUGCAUUUGCAGUCAAGGUGGAUAACAUGACGAAACAAGCCUGGGUUGGACAUCCAUACUUUGAUAUUAUUGAUAACUCGACAGACUUUGAAGCUAAGAUUAAGAGAAUGAUCACGGCAAUAACUGAUCGUUUAGGAAUAGACAUCGGAGAUCGUUUGGCCAAGAACAGCGUCAAGCGGAAGUUUCUCAUCUAUGAAGUACCGGAUGAGAAUGUCUUUCCUCCAUUUGAAGACUUUGAAGUGAAGCACGAUUAUCUAGUCUCAUCAAGUGGUGGAACAAAAGCAAGGCUGAGAAAACGUGGACAAAAAGGUAUCUAUACCUACAUGCACACCGUAUGUCAUCCAGAAAUUACUAAGCAGGCAAUAACGAUCAGAACGCCUAUAACAUCCAAACAAUACCAGAUUCUACUGGCCCAGCGUGAACCAACAAGGUACCAGGUUGUCAAAACUCGUCGUUGUUUUGUAUGGAAUGACCAAUACUUCCAGAUGGAUAUCUACAGGGAACCAGACAAUGACAGAUGCAAAGACUUGGUACUUCUUGAGACUUACACCACCUUGAAAGGAAAUGACCUCAAACUUCCUGAGUUUCUUAAGAUCAGUAAAGAAGUUACAGCAGACAAAGAUUAUUCCAUGUUUAAUCUCUCCAAGAUCUAGAGAGAUCUGGAUACAAUGCAAAGCGGCUUUCUGAUGUGAGUAGAGAGUUAGAGUUACUACUGGUAGUAAAUCUAGGAAAGAUACAGUGUUGAUAAUUGACCUUAUACACAUUAUGGGUGCCCUCAACUAUAGGUCAUAAACAGGUUACUCAUUGGCCAAACCUGCGCGCCGCGCGUACAAAUCUCCAGUGUUUUGAUUGUUUUGUCAUCAUUUUACCUCUAAGAUGGCAGCUGGAUGCUUCAAUGCACAAGGUCUAUUCUUAACAAAGUGGAGUACGUUCUAGGAAUGUUAUAUUGUUCAAUUCCAGUGUGGCAAAACUAACAAAGGUAUCAAAAUGCGUUUGUCAAUUAGGAGGAUUUAUUGCAC